UUUUUUCCUCGCCUUCCUCGAAACUGUCAAAGCCAGAGCCAGAAAAGUGAAGAAAUUGUAGCAGAAAAGAUUAUGUUGUAAGAUCCCGUGUGCCUGCGCCAGCCUUUCUUCCAAAAGGAUUGACCUUUUUUUUGUAACAAACUAAACAACAAAUUGCCCACAUCAGCCCCAGAGUGUUGUUGGUGUUCCGUACCAGCUUCGACGUAGAAAAAAAAAACCCAUCCCGUGUGAGCGUGUGUGUGUGUGUGUGCGUUAUGGUUUAGGCCUAGAAGAAUCAGCUCGACAGCUACCACCCCAGUGACGACGGGUUGGGAAGGUGAUGCGUACUCCCAAACCUUGCGUACCGAAAAAAAAGUAACGCAAAACGUACGUAAGUGUAGCAGCACAGCUGCAGGAAAGUGAAGAAAAAACCCCUUCCCAUGGGGGGAGGGUGGCCCAUGAAGGAACCGAAGGAAAACAGCCUUGCACAACUGUGUGACCAUGAUCGUGCGGGGAAGCAGCUGAAGCCAAUCCGGCGGGCAAUAGCAGAGAGCGCCUUGUUUGUGUGAAAAAAAAAUCGUGUGAAAUGAUGUGAAAAACGGCAACAGCAGCCGAAAGUGUGCAGUUGGUCGGCGAGUGACCCGAGAAAUAUAGAACCUGCCGAGGGGCUGCCUGGGUGUGAUAAAGCAAAAACAAAGCGUUAGGCGACCGUGCCCGUCCCCGAAGAGAAAACAGUUCGUCGUCGUUCGCGUCGUCCUUUGGUGUGCCUCGUCCAACCGGGGAGGCAGAGACAGCGCAACCUUGAUCGUCGGCUGCUUACUACGUCAGUCAGUCCGUGAGCGCGCGCGUUGUGUGGGGUGGGUGGCCCGGGCCAAGGUCCACCACAGGGAGAGACAGGGGCAAAACCAUCCAACCAGAGCGCAACAAAUAGAGAGAGAGAGAGAGAGAGAGAGAGAGAGAGAGAAGAAAAAAAGCACACGCAAAUCGGUGCUGGCGUAAACACAUUCCUUAUUUAGCGUAUCUCUUGUCGCGGCUUGGUCGUGUCCAAAAGGAUGCCGCAGUGCUACUGUCCAACCCCCUGGGCUGGGUGUGUGUAGAAAAAUAAACAAAACACACCUUUCCGACGUCUCCCCCUUGGCGCUCCCCGCUCACCCAAGGUACAGGGGAUGUUGCAAUCUGAUCGAGCGAAAAUUGAUCGCUACACGGAUUGCAAUUCACACAGCCACAGCGGGGGGGGGGGAAUGUGUAUCGAGGCCCCUAACACCACCACGACGCUGAACUGCGCUGAUAAGUGAAAAGCCCUUCGUGCUGUGUUGUGUCGCGAGUGCACACGAAAGAAAGCGCCAGAAAUUAAAACAAUCGUAGUAGCAUUGACGUGCGCGCGCGUGCCUCUGUGUGUGUUUGCCGCUGCCGUGUUCUGUUUCUCCGUUCCAAGCAAGAACGCACACGAUCCCUUGUUGCAAAAGGGCGGAAGCUUUUUUUUGUGUUUGUUUGCAUUUCAAGAUUAUCACUAGACAGAGAAGCAUGCUGCGCUAAGUGCGCACGUUGAACAAACGCUGCCACCAUUGCUACUGUCCGCUCGCCGGUGUGAAAUUAUUGUGCUUUGUGAAUUUAUGUGAUUUGAUUUCUCCACGUUGAUUGAGCGAACAUCGCGCGGUUUGAACGCUGUUGUGUGAAAAACAAAAAAAAAAUGGUUUGAAAACGGUACUCCAGCAUCAUCGCUGUAUCGCCAGAGGAAGCUAAACAACAAACAAACCAGUUGCAGCAGCGGCAGCUGCAUCAGCCCACAGCUUUAGUUGCCUAGUCGUCCCGGCCGCCUCAACCUGUACAAUGGGCAGCGUGUGGAAGCGGUUGCAGCGCGUCAACAAGCGGGCGGCCAAGUUUUCCUUCACCGUGUCGUACCAUGAGCUGUUCAUGGAGACGACUGCCAAAUGGCGACCGAACAAACUGCACGUCGUGUGGACGCGCCGUUCGCGCCGCGUCCAGUCCAGCGCGCUCGAGUGGCAGCCGGACCUAAUCAACCCGCUCAGCAGCACCAUGUCCUGGCCGAUGCCGGACAACCACACGAUCGCGGUCACGCUGUUCAAAGACAUCCGGACGCACGAGCUGGAGGAUAAGGAUUGGACGUUCGUGCUGGAGGAUGUGUCGCAGCUCGGUAAAAAGCGGGCCCUUGCGUCCGCUACGAUCAACAUGCGCAAGUACGCCAGUAUCGAAUCGACGCAGCAAACGUUUACGCUCCGGUUGCGCCCGGUGUCGAAGAAAAUCCUCGCCGCCAACCUGGAGCUAACGCUGAGCUGCGUGUUUCUGCGCGAGGGCAAAGCAACGGACGAGGACAUGCAGAGCAUCAUCUCGCUGAUGUCGGUGAACAAUGUGUCCGACAUAGCGCCGCUCGACGAUCUCGAGGACAUACCGGAUCUGGAGAACUCGAUCGACUUCUCCGAGAACAUGUCCGAGCUGACGAACCAGCUCGAGCAGCUGACGACGAGCCUGAACAGCUCGGAGCUGCUGACACCGAUGAGCGGCGUGCCCUCGCUGCUGUCCGACGAUCAAACGCCGAUCGUGUGCGGGUCGCGCGAAAUGUUCCUCGACAUGAUGCUGGCGGGGCGGGAGGACGACGGCAGGCGUGAGUUGGACGAGAAUGAGAACAAACCGGCGCUGCAACACCACCACAGACCACACGCGCGCGAGGAGGGUACGGGUGACGGUGGUCAAACCGGUUCGCACUCUUCGUCUCCUAGUCAGAGGGAAACUCGUGAAAACAGCCUCCCGGAAACGGUUAAAAGUGCAGAACGGGAGGAAGAAGAGGAAGAGGACCAGCUGGACAAGCAGCUCGACGCACUGGGCGUGCUGGAAGACGACGAGGAAGACAAUGACUUUGCAUCCGGUCGAUCAACACCGGUCCCAACGGAGGCUAACCGUGUACCGACGCCGGAACCCACGCCGCCGGCCGUCGCCGUGGAGGAGGAAGCAAAACCGUCCUCCCCGGAACCACCACCAAAAGCAUCGCCCCUCGAUGGUAAAGCGUUCAACAGCAGCCGAUCGGACCUGAAACCACUGAACCUAGUCAAGAGCUACGACAACGAACCGAAGGAAAGGGAACAAAGCACCAUAAUAGAGUCCGAUCGGCAGGAGGCGGACGAAAAGUCGGACAUCUCGUUGGUUCCACCGAUCCGGCCCGUUCCGCUGUUGGCCGGUGGGGAGCUGCUGAAACCACUCGGCACGCUCAAGGACAGCACGCCCGGGCAGGAUCUGCUGGAAUGGUGCAAGGAGGUGACGAAGAACUACAACGGCGUGAAGGUGACCAACCUGACGACCAGCUGGCGUAACGGGAUGGCAUUCUGUGCGGUGAUACAUCACUUUUAUCCUAAUUUAAUUGACAUGACGAAAUUGUCCCCUGGCAAUGUGAUUGAAAACUGUCGAACGGCUUUCGAUGCGGCCGAAAAGCUCGGCAUACCGCGGGUGAUUGAGCCGCGCGAUAUGAAUUUGCUCGCCGUGCCGGAUAAGCUGGCCGUCAUGACGUACCUUUAUCAGCUGCGGGCGCACUUCACCGGACACCAGCUGGAGGUCCAAUCGAUCGAUGGCAGCAAUGGUCCGUGUCGAGCAUGCAGCCACGCGGCAGCACGGGCAGUGUGUUCUUAUCACUCGCAAACGAAGCUUACCGGUGGAGAAGGAGGCGAAACAACGGACGAUUCCAGCUACGUGAUCGGGAACUACAAAUCGGACAAGCUGUGCAAGAAUCUGCUCAACUUGACCGACAUCAUCACGCCCAACAACGACGACCACCCGCUCGGGUCGAAGCUGGACACGAAGGCGGCCCUGCUCGCCAACUCGAAGCACCUGCUGGGGCGCGUCCUGUCCCCGACCAAAGAUAAGCUGCCCAACUUUCCCUUCAGCCUGCUGGACGGGCCGCUCGGUCCGGGGCACGUGGCAAACAAUGGCCCGGCGAACAAUGAGCGGGUAGAGAGCGGUGGUGACAGCAAUGGUAGCAGCAAACCAGCGAACGGUUUGAGUGGCCAUCAGAGCAGCAGCAUAGACAGUGGAAGCAGCAACACGUCCUCUUCCACGGCCGCCAAUGAAGGGGACGCGGCAAGUGAAAAGCUUACCGUGGCCACGACGGUUGACAGUGGCAGUGAUGGUCGGUCGGUGGCUGUUAAUGGCAGCAGUGCCAGUCCCACCGGCGAUGACGAAGAUGGCCAAAGACGUGCGCAAACGGAAAACAGUGUACAGCAGCCGGGUGACGAUGAUGAAGAGAUUCAAACGCUUCCGACGUUGGAUUUGAACAAAGCAAACAAAUUGAUUUUACGGCACAAAGAAAUGAGCGAGCGGGCCAAGCUCAUGAUAGAACGGCUUAGAUCGUCGCACGUAGAUAGCAAAGGUGACAAGGAUGCAACCGAUCGACAGGCCAGAUUGCGCGAGGAGGCCCGCAAACUGAUUGCCGGCGCCAAGUUAAAGCUGUCCGGGCUGGACUCUCCUUCAUCGCCGACGAAACUGUUCCCCUCCGGUGGUCGCCCGGCCCCUGCUCCACUCUCGCCAGAUCGGGCCAUCUCACCGAUCAACAAUGGGUCGGAGUUUAUCUUUCCCAUUGGCCAUCACCAUCCGCAUCGGAAGGAUACGGGUUCGCCCGCCACCCAGCAGGACCCUACCGGCAAGGAGGGUAGCAAUGGGCACAGCUACAAGGCGGCGGAACAGCAUCACCAUCUGCUGAAGCGCAGCACACCGUCGCCGAGCAAGUUGAUUGAGUUCAUGGGUCCAAAGAGCCAAGAUGAUGACAAUGGUCAGGUGGAACGUGUAAAUUACAUUCAAAGUGAGCUUAACAAACUGGAGCGCGAGCAGGAAGCGAUCGAUCUGAAAGCAAACGCACUGGAAAAGAAGCUACGCGCUGUGAUGGGCGGAACGAUGACGAACGUUUCCGAAACCGAAGAUCAACUCAUGUCACAAUGGUUCACGUUGGUAAACAAAAAGAACGCACUGCUCAGGCGGCAAAUGCAGCUUAAUCUACUUGAACAAGAGAAUGAUCUUGAGAAAAAGUACGAAAUGCUAAACAUGGAGCUGCGUGCAGCCCUUUCCGUCGAGGAUUGGCAGAAGACGGAGGAGCAGCGCGAGAAGGAAGCGUUGCUACUGACGGAACUGGUGGCAAUCGUGGACAAGCGCAAUGAGCUGGUGCAAAAUCUGCACAGCCAGGAGCAGGCUAUCGAAGAUGACGACGAAAUUGAACGAAAGCUGGAAACGGUAGACAUUAACCAGAAGGACGAAAAGUGUGUCAUCCAGUGAGCUGGUGAUUUCCUUCAACUGUUCCUUACUUUAAUUGGUUGAGGAUUUACCAAUGUAUGUGACGUAAAAUGGACGUAGUUUCAACAUUCGACGUACCAAACCAAACGACAACCCCAAAUUCCCCAAAACUGCUGACACGCGAUAGGGCCACACUGUCCCCCCGAAUGUCCCCCCCGGGCUCGAUGAUGCCGGGCGAUCGCGAACUCGUACAAGUACAAUCAUCGUUUCAACGCACGAUCGUACAACCUGGAGCAACUUACAGUAGCAGAGUACACAUUUCCGUUCCGGGUUUUGAAUUCCGUUUUUUCGCAAUCAAUUCCGUCCGUUUUCCGGUGUGUGCGCGUGUGUUGUUGUGUAGUGCGUUUAGUGCAUUGUGCUUGGUAUUUAUCGAAACAUUAGAGGACGCUGUGUGUGUCUGUGUGCGUUUACCGUGUGUCUCUGUAUAUGUGGUUGUGUUUUAGGAUGUGAACCUAUACCCUGAACUUUUGUCUCGUUUCAAGUAAGUCUACAACGCGACGACAAUUGCUUAAGCGUUGGGAUUGAUACGAGUCUAACGGGGAUGAUCCUUUCACUAUAGUUUCGUCAAAGUUCGACGAAAGUAUCUACGCUUCAUGAAAAAAAGGAACCGUGUUUUGAAUGUGUAUAAUAUCGUUUAGUGUCUUUCACGCCCCUUUCUCGUUCGGCUUCACAACUGGCAAAGUAAUGCGACAGCAAAGAAGCAGUCCCAAGUGCAAAUGCUUAUUUAUUGCAAUACUACACUGUAAGAGCACUAGCAUAUAGCUAUACCCUUUUUUACGAUUAAGUUUCCUUUACUUUUUACUGCUAACGUUGUAAGCGCGUAACCGUUUUAUUGUUCUACUUGUAUCUUACGCUGUAGUGGUCCGUAGUUUGUUUGGGUGGUCGAAAGAAAAGCUAGCAAUGAUUAGCUUGCCAGCUAGCUAGCGUUGACGGGUAAGGAGCAGAUCGAGCAAAUUAUGUAUGUGAGUCAAGGGAGUUACGGGGAGGCAUACGAGCGAGAGGCUUAUUAUAGGCGAGGCGGUUUGCAAAAAAACGGUGUCAGCGCCACCAACCGAAACAGUUGUAAACUUAUUCAAAGUGAUAUUAGAGCGAGGCAAAUCGAGUGAGCGUUUUUUUUAUAUAUGAUUAGAAUCGUUUUAUUACCGACACCCGCGAAGCUGCCUUUCAUAGAAGCGAUGAAAACAAGCGAGAUGAAAUAAGUAUUUGGUCACAUGAUUAGAACACGAUUCCUUACUAGAAAAAAAAGGAAAAGAAAAUUGACCUAGAAAAGGGUAGGAAAAGUGAGGCAGAGCGAUUUUCCCGCAAAGGAUUUUAAUUUAACUCGUACUCUAGCUACUUAGCUAUCCAUCUAUCUAUCUAAACAUUUCUUCCGACUAAAGUAGCUCUCAUCUAACCGUUAAGGAACGAUCAACUUUAAGUUUUAGAUCAUCAUCUAGCGAUUGGUUAACUGUGUACAUAAAAAAGGUAGUAAAACACAAGUAUGAGGGCAUUUAUUGCCAAUUCCAAUCAUCAUACUUUCCUGCAGCAAAAUCAAGCAAAAGUAGCUGUUUUUAAAAGUGGUAACCCACAUACUGUACUACUUUUUCUCAUCCUAGAUCGUUUCACAUCACAUGAUAGAUGAAAAAUUCGGUUCACUCGUUCAGCUACGUUUAGAAGUGUUAAAAAAACCGAUGGCAUAUUUUACAAAAAAUGCUUUGAAAAGGAACUACUACUUGCAUAACUACUAGAAAUCAUCCUGCUUACGCUCUCAUACAAAUUGUACACAUUGUAUAAUUUAUUGUUUUUCACCUACUCUACAUUCUAUUUCUGCGCCACACAUCGUAAUAAUGCAUACCGAGAGAAGAAAUAUUCUAGUCACAGCGGUCAAAGUGGAAAUUACCAGACGAUGUUGUGUCCGUACCCCCUUUUGAUGCUGGCUAUUUUGGAGGUUGAAGAUGUUUUGGACCCACUGCGAAGGCUUUACAAAAGGCAAGAGUAAUGGUUAGCUUUCAAACGGUGGAAUGCUUAUUUUUUAUAAACCUGUAAUUGGUGAAGGAAAGAGGGCGAAGGGAUUACUUACUGUACUGAAAUAAGCUUGGGUUUGGUGACGUUCUUUUCUCUUCUCAAACGAUGCUAUACUAUUGCAAUUGAUUGCUGCUUUUGGUGGUUUGUAAACUAUCUUUCGCUUACAGUGUGCAGCAUAUUAGUGGAGAGAUUAAAGAAGGAGAGGGAUGAUUUGUGUACAGCUUUGAACUUACAGCCAAAGAAAAGCACAGAGGAAGAAGAAAGCCUAAUUGGACAAAAAAGAAGCUGGACAAUGGCGAAUGGGUGGAAGAUUUCUUAACACAAUAUUUUUCCCCCCUAUUCCCCUCAACACGCGCUCAAUUUGAAGGAGAUUUUUAGCUUGUCGAUAGGAUGUAGUAACAGAUAAUCGUCUCAUAUAAUGUGCAUCAUGUAUAUUUGCGUUAGUUCGCUUUUGCUUCGGCUGGCACGAAGACAGAAACAUACACACCGAAUGCGACACUCGUUUGCAUCUUUUGAUUUGAGAGCAGACGGGCUUUUGGUUGCAAACAAACAAUCGAAUGGAUUCUCAAGGUUCUUUUGUACCGCCACUACUACUACUACUUACCCACCACUUUUUCUAGCAGAUUAGCAAAAACAGAUUUCACCUCCUUUUUGAAAUUGCAUACAUCCCCCAUCAAAGAAUCCUUUUAAUUGGUGUUUCUUUGCAGAGCAGUUGUUUGUGUGUUUGCUCGAUAGAACCGUAAUGCUUGGGCUUUUUUGUCUGUUGUAUUUCCUUAUCUGGCAAUCGAACAAUCUAUGCUAAUUCCAAACCGAAUAAUAACCGUUCAAUGCACACACAUUUAGCCGAACCAAACGGUGUGUGGUACGUAAUAUGAGAAAUAUUACACGCUGUGAGAGCCUGUAGCUAACAGAAAAAGAGAACACACAUUAAUGGUAAAAUGCAGAAGAUCACAUAUUGUAAUCAACCUUCCCCCCAAGCGUCAUUCGUAAAGCUUUCUAUCACAUACAAUCGGAGAAGAAAACUCGUUAAAAUAUACGUAGCAAAAAUUAAUCAUUUGUAACGCAGAUUAAAAAAUAACAAACUCUAGGCGGGCGUCGUAUAUCAACCAAAGUAAAACUUUGGCCUUCGCUCCCUCUCCCUAGCACGUGUACGCGCCUAGCCGGGGUGAGCCUAGCGAUAUAGAACAUACGAUAGUGGUGAAACAGAACGGAACGGAAACAAUAUAAAAUCGAAUAAACAAAAAAGGAAAGCAUCGCAUACAUCGGUAAACUCGGGGCGCAUAAACAGAUGAAACUGAUGAAAAGAUCAUAUUUUUAGGC